GUCCUCUUUCCCUCCACAACUUCCUCCUCAUCUUUCAUCUCUUUCUUCAUACAUUUUCCCCUCUGUUUACUUCUUCUUUUUUAUUCCACAGAAAUGGGUUUUUUGAAUGUGGCUUGGUGUGUUGCUUCUCUUUUUUCACUAAUUUUACUAACAGCUGAAGCAAGAAUCCCAGGUGUUUUUACUGCUGGAGCAUGGCAGAGUGCUCAUGCUACCUUCUAUGGCGGUAGCGAUGCCUCUGGCACUAUGGGUGGGGCAUGUGGGUAUGGUAACCUAUACAGUCAGGGUUACGGAGUGAACAAUGGAGCACUGAGCACAGCUCUAUUCAACAAUGGACUAAGUUGUGGAGCGUGUUUUGAGAUCAAGUGUGACAAUUACCCACAAUGGUGCCAUCCCGGAAGUCCUUCCAUCUUCAUUACUGCUACUAACUUCUGUCCUCCUAACUAUGCUCUGCCUAACGACAAUGGCGGUUGGUGUAACCCUCCUCGUCCUCAUUUCGACCUUGCCAUGCCUAUGUUCCUCCAUAUCGCUGAAUACCGUGCCGGAAUUGUCCCCGUCGUUUACCGCCGGGUGCCAUGCAGGAAGCAAGGCGGAAUAAGGUUCACAAUUAACGGUUUCCGUUACUUCAACUUGGUUUUGGUUACCAACGUGGCAGGUGCAGGGGAUAUCGUGAGUCUUAGCAUUAAAGGUUCAAAGACUGGUUGGAUAAGUAUGAGUAGGAACUGGGGGCAAAAUUGGCAAACAAACUCAGUUUUGAUUGGUCAGUCACUUUCAUUUAGGGUUAGAGCUGGUGAUAGACGGAGCUCUACUUCAUGGAAUAUAGCACCUGCACAUUGGCAAUUUGGUCAAACUUUCAUUGGCAAGAACUUCAGAGUUUAAACAGUGAAAGUGGAAAAAGAAAUAUGUUUGACUAUUUUGGUUAAUGGGUAUUUUGGAGGAUUGUGAAAGUAGUUAGAAAAAAAGAAAAUGCUUUUCUGGAGUUGGGAUUAUGGAAAAGUAAGGUCUUUUUAUUUAUGGACUUUUUUUUUGUUUGGGUGAAGGGGAAGGGUUGGUGAGUUUUGUGAUUUGAGAAGGGAUGAAGUGUAGAUGACAGAAGAGCUGAAGCGGCUGCAAAAACAUGUAGCCCGCAGCUACUUUUAGGGAUAUAUAUUAUAUCAUUAUUAACUGUAUUUUAGCCGUCAUAUGUUUUGAUUAUUGCAUUA